AUGGAUCAAAAACUUGGGAAACCAAAAGCAAUGUCUUCUAUUUCUCAGUCUGUUCUAUGUAUGAUUCUUUUGUGUUUGACUUCUUCCUUAAUCACGCCAGCCGCUGCUGUCGAAGAGAACAGUAAUCUUUCAGCACAUGAGAUACUUCAAGGCUAUGAUUUCCCAGUGGGUCUUCUACCAGUUGGAGUAACAGGGUACGAAUUAGACAAGAGCAGCGGUAAAUUUGCAGUACAUUUUGGUGCUGGUGAUUGUUCUUUCCCUUUAUCCGGAUAUCAGCUCAAGUACAAGUCAACCAUUACUGGUGUUAUCUCUAAGGGAAAGUUAAUAAAUUUGAGUGGUAUUAGUGUUAGAGUUUUGUUUGUUUGGGCUAACAUUAUUGAAGUUCUUAAAAGAGAUCAACUUCAAUUCUCAAUUGGUAUUGCUUCAGCUUAUUUUCCCAUCGAUAGCUUUUAUGAUUCUCCUAAAUGUGGGUGUGGGCUCAAUUGUAAACCUCGAAUCAACCCUUUCAUUGUUUCAUCAUCUUAA